AUGCCUUCUGCCAAGGUCUUCACGGCCGUCCUGGCCGUUUUGGCCGUUCCCCUGGCCAGCGCCUCGCCUUGCCGUCCCAAGGUCACCACUAGCCUGACUGCCACCAGCACCGAGUCUGCUUCCAGCACCGAGUCUGCCAGCACUGACAGCACCGGCAAGGGAACCGACACCACUGCCACCAGCACCACUGCCUCCGAGACUGGCAGCACCACCAUUUCUGUGUCUACCACCGAGACUCAGUCCAGCGAGACCCAGUCCAGCAGCACCGUCUCUGCUUCGGCCUCGACCACCUCCUCCGGAGCUUGCACUUACUACACUCCUAUUGAGCCUCAACCCGAGGACUGCGGAAACCUGGGUUUCGCCACCAACACUGAGGGCAGCACCAUCCCCGGUGACAACACCGCCUACAGUGCCCAGGACUGCGGUAACCUGUGCGGCAAGACCCUCGGCUGUGUCUCUUUCUCCUUCAGCGACAACCCCCUCGUUGCCACUCCUUGCACACUGUACACUCUCUCCCGCGAGGAUCUUGGCUUCUACGGUUCUGAGAUCGCUGGUUGUCAGAUGUUCUACGACCUUGAGAACUGCUUCAGCUGUGGCCACGAGACUGCCUCGUCCACCACUGGUUCCAGCAGCACUGAGUCUGCUUCUCAGUCUACCACCGAGACUGUCUCUACCACGGCUACUGCUACCGCCACUUCCUCCACCGAGACCGUCUCUUCUUCCACUGAGACUGUGUCUUCCUCCACCGAGUCUGCUUCCUCUUCUACGGAAACUGCCUCCUCUUCUACCGAGACUGCUUCCUCGUCCACUGAGUCGGCUUCUUCUUCCACUGAGACCGCCUCGUCCUCGACUGAGUCUGCUUCUUCUACCGAGUCUGCCUCUACCACAGCUACUGCUACCGCCACCUCUUCCACCGAGUCUGCCUCGUCCUCCACCGAGACCGCCUCCAGCUCUACUGAGACUGCCUCUACCACCGGAACCACCACAGCCUCUACUGAGUCCACCAUUGGAACCACAACUGCUUCCUCGACUGAGUCUACCACUGGAACCACCACCGCUUCCUCAACUGAGUCCACUACUGCUUCUUCUACCGAGAGCACCACCGGAACCACCACUGCCUCUUCCACCGAGAGCACCACCGCUUCUUCCACCGAGUCCACCACCGCCUCUUCUACUGAGAGCACCACUGCUUCGUCUACCGAGUCUACCACUGCCUCGUCCACUGAGUCUACCACUGGAACCACCACCGCUUCCUCGACUGAGUCCACGACUGCUUCUUCCACCGAGAGCACCACUGGAACGACCACUGCCUCCUCGACCGAGUCUACCACUGCCUCUUCCACCGAGAGCACCACCGCCUCGUCCACCGAGUCCACCACCAUGUCGACCACCUUCUCCUCCUCCACCAUUGGCACCACCUCGACAACCGCUGCCCCCAGCACCACCACCUCGGAGGCCUGCACCUACUUCACCCCCAUCGUCCCCGCCCCCGAGGGCUGUGGUGUCCACGGCACUGUCGACUCUGGCUGCGACAAGCACUGGCUCGGCGUCGCCUUCGAGAUCGAGUCCCAGAAGAAGUGUGGUAUCGAGUGUCUUGCCAAGCCCGGCUGCAAGUCUUACAGCUUCGCCAGCUUUGGCAACAUGUGCCAGCUCUACGACGCUCCUCUCACCGCCCUCAAGUUCAAGUCCUGCAACUACGAGACUCCCAAGUACUACGACAUUGAGAAGUGCUACGGCUGUGCCCCUGAGCCUGCUACCACCACCACCGCCACUACCACUGCCCCUCCCAGCAGCACAUCUGCCGUCUGCCCCAAGUACACUGCCUCCUUCAGCCAGUGUGAGCGAGACUCCAACUGCGGAACCCGCGGCUACGUCAAGAACGGCGUCGUCAUUGGUAACGGCGACAACGACAGCCUCGGAGCCUGCGCCAAGACCUGUAUCGAGUCGAGCACGCAUUGCGAGUUCUUCAUGUUCACCAAGAAGCAGAACGGCAACGCUGCCAAGUGUAUCCUGUACUCUGGCGGCAAGGUCAAGGAGAACAACUACAUGGUCGACUUCUUUUACGAGCCCAAGUGCUUCAGCUGCAAGUGGCCCAAGAAGCCCAAGAAGAACAGUCGCUUCCCCGACUACUAA